AUGUUUGCUGAUGAGUACGCCGAAGCCGAACAGGACCCUUAUGUCUUGGCCAUGAGGGAAAGAAGUGAAAGAGCUGGAGAUCAGUUCACUAUUGUGGAUGAACCGAUCCGCAACACCUUCCUUACGAACAAGAAGUUUGGUGAAGUCACUUAUGCGACUUCUAAGAACAACAAGAUCAAUUUCGAGUGUAAGUUUUUAAUGUUUUAGCUACAUUUUAGGUAUGAAUUGUAAAAAGUGAGAUUUGUAUUUUAGUUCAAUAAACAAAUAAAAGAAUAAUAAAUAAAUAAAAAAAGAAUUAUCAAAUAGCCUUAAUUUAAAGUUGACUUACAGUAAUUUUUACUUUUUUAGACAGGAAACGCGGUAUGCUGAAGAAGUCUCGGUUUACCGAGGAAGAGCUAGAAAACCAGGACGAUGAAAUUAGUGCUGGUCAACUGUAUCAGGAUAUGAAACGAAUCGAUGACAGUCAAGUGACAAUCGAGAACAUGACAGGAGAAAUCGAAUUGAUUGAGUAAGUUACGGUAGUUUAUUACAAAGAAUGAUAAAUGUUUACUUACUUUUGUGGAUUUCGUCUUUUGUGAAUAAUGUAGACUUCAUACUGUAAUAUUAAAAUGGCACGAAAGUCUUAAAGCUUUUUCAAAAUUAAUGUAAAUUAGCGACAAAACUUUUCUUACAUCAUAAUAUACAGUUCAAAAACUUUAGUUAUACUUUUUUCAAUAUGAAUAUACAUACUUACAUAUAAAGGUACCUUUUAGUAAAAAGGUCUUGUUUUUUGAGUAUUUUGUUUAUAAUUUGUCAUAUUUAAAAAUUUUUUUUGAAACUCUAACUGUAAUUUACUUUUACAUCUUUUAGAAAGUUUGAAGAUAUGAAUCUGAACCCUAAGCUCUUCGUCAAUGUCAAGAAACGCUACGUGACCAGACCUUCGACGAUUCAACGCUACGCAUUUCCCUUGAUCCGUGACACGCAGAGAAACCUGAUCUGCAGAGCUCCAACUGGUAGUGGGAAAACCGCCGCCUUUUUAAUACCACUGAUCCAGUGUAUCUUAAAGGCCAAAGAAAACACUAAACAAAAAGAAAUUAACUACACAUUACCCCAUGCCAUCAUAAUUUCUCCGACGAGAGAACUGGCUUUGCAAUUGGCUAAAGACGCGUCAAUCUUUUGCCAGAGUACGUCCGUUGGUGUGACGUUCUCUAUUGGCGAAGUUGCUGACGAUUUCAGAUAUAGAGGACUGAAUGGUGUCGACAUUCUUAUUGGAACACCAGGCCGGUUAGAGGCUAUGUUCUUCCAGAACAGGUAGGUGGUUCUUCAAGAAGUAUAAGUGUUAAAAACAUAGUUGGUACAUGAGUAUCGGUUGUCAGGCUAACCAAUCUUUUAAAUUAGGUUUUAUAAUACCUUUAGUACAAAACUUCAAAUUUUAGGGGAAAUACUCGCUUAGCCAAGCCAAGUAUUUUGUUGUUGACGAAGCCGAUCGCCUUACCUCUGAAUACACAUUCAGAGCUAUAUGUGAAAGACUUCGACGUGAGAUGUUGAAGGCAACAAAUGGUAAAUCGAGGAUGUUGAUGUUUAGUGCCACAUCAGAUAAAGAGAGAGACGACGAACUGGCUCCAAAUCCAGUCAUAUUGAAAAUUGGCGAUGAACAGUUGCCCGUUUUAAGUGUGUUCCAAAAGUUUGUGGAAGUGGUAAGUUUUACAAAAACCUGAUUCAAAUAACGACAAUGUUUUAAACUUAAUCUGUUCUAAUGUCUUUUAUUAUGUUCUUAUAAUUCUUUUUGCAUCAUUGUUAUUUAUGUUUUGUAUUUCAGCGCCGUGCUAGCGCAUUUUACACUCAAAAAGAGUUUACAAACUCAAAAAGACCAGCUUUGUAUCAUCCACGAAAUGCACUUCAUGCCAUCGCAGGAAGGUGGUUGAUGGCCAGUACCGGUUAGACAAGACACAAGUCUUUGUAAGCAGAAGAAGACAGGCUGAUGCAUUGGCCAUUGACUUGCUGAAGGCAGGUUAUCUAGCGACAUCAACCAACGGGGCAAUUCCAAUGGAUGUGCGAAACAAAACGGUAAGAUAAAGCUUUGGUUGACAACAGGAGUAUAGUCUAGUUAGUUAGAGCUGUAAAUUACAUAAUUUGUACUGUUUUUUCAACAAUUUUCAUUUUUAUAACCAAUUUUUAUAUUUCAGCUGCAACAGUUCAAGCGUGGAGAAAUCGACAUCAUUGUGUGCACCAAUGUGUUGGCCAGAGGUGUAAACAUUCCAAACGUUUCACUAGUCAUCAAUUACAACUUGCCCCAAGCUGGACUGGUCUACCCAACAGAGUACAUUCAUCGCCUUGGCCGAACUGGACGAAUGGGUAAUCCAGGAGUGGCUUCUUUGACCGAGAACGAGACGUGGAGUUUGCCAAGUUCUUGGUUAAACACCUUGAGAAGUGCGGAGAACCAGUACCUAAGUUUGUGGAAGAGUGUCUCAACAAUGAAGUGGACAGUUUCCAAGAGGAAUGGGUUAAGAACUGUCGUCGAGAAGCCAUCAAAAACGACCCGGACUACAUUGUACCUCACCGGUUUGUAG